AUGGCGGCAACAACACAUGAGAAUGGAGUGAAGCCGGUCGAGGCCAACGGAAACUCGACAACGACUGAGACGAAGGAGUAUCUGAACGAGCCAUUCAUAGACCUGGUCGAGUUCAUGAACGGCGACGAUGCAACUAGGGCUAGGGCUUGCGAGCUUGUAAGAGACGCGUGCAUAAAGCACGGCUUGUUCCAAGUGACCAACCAUGGCGUCGAUCCUGUUCUGAUUCGAGAAGCGUACGAAGAGAUUGAUUCCAUCUUCGGAAUGCCAAAGGAAUUGAAGAUGAUUGCCGCGAGGAAGCGUGGUGCUGUUAAGGGCUAUUUAGGAACUUAUGAUGAAAAGUUUUCGUCCACCGUACCAUUCAAAGAGAUCUACUCUCUUCAUUACAGCAAUGUUGGAUCUAACACUCAAGUCAUUGACCAUCUCAAGACUGCCUACGGAGAACACCUUCCUGAACGCACCGGGAAGGUGUAUGAGAGGUACGUUGAAGCGAUGACGGAGCUGACUAAAGUGGUGAUGAGGUGA